AUGAAACCCAGCAUUAUUCUCACGAUCCUUGGCCUGAGCCUUACCGCCAUUGCAGCCCCUAUUCCGGGUAACCUCCACCAAGACCUUGAAGCUCGUGAUGUUAAUGCCGACGAUGCCAAUCCUACUCCAACCCCUCCAACCCCUCCCGCACCUGCUAGUCGUCCCCUUAUUCCAGCUCCCGAUACCCCUCCAAACACACCUGGAAGAGGUCUUGUUCUAGCUCCCGACACCCCUCCAAACACACCUAGAAAAUGCUCGGGCAAUGACCCUGCAGUCCUAUCUCCUUCCCCAACUCCCCCGACUACUCCAACUCCUACCCCCUCUGGACUUUGA